UUCCGGAUGUUACAGAGUUGACACAAAGCCAUGGCAGUGGUAGUUCUACUUUUUCUUAUCUCCUUGCUGGAUUCAGCUGAAGGUGCUGAAAAUCGGUUUGUGAAGUCUGGAUCGAACCUUCUAUUGGAAGCAAAGACAACUGACUUAGGAGAAAAUGAGUUUAUUUGGAAGUUUAACACCACUGACAAUCUUGUAAAAUUCAAAUCUGGUGGGCAGCCUGCCAUCUUCUAUGUAGAAAGAACAGUUUUUUCUAAAGAAAACUACUCUUUGCUAUUGAGAAAUAUGCAACACAGUGACACUGGAAACUAUAAGGAAAUAAUAAGUGGAUUAAAAGACAAAAUUGUAGCUGAAUACACAGUCAUUGUCCAAGAUCCAGUGUCUCCAGUGAAUUUAACAGUGACCCCCAGUGACCCCAGCUACUGUAACUUCACUGCAACAUGUAGAAUAAAGGAUUCUCAAAUUAGUGGAUCUUUUCAAUGUGAAAAUAAAACCUGCCGUUUAGUGGACCAAACACACCUGAAGGUCUCAUCUCUGAAUGUGUUUGUAAAGGAAAGCUCCAUCAUCUGUAACCAUAGCAACCAAGUGAGCUGGGAAAAGGAUGUAAAGAAUGUUUCAUCUCUCUGUGAAAAUCCACCAGUCCUCAACACAGCCGCCAUAGUUGGGAUAACAUUUGGAGCAUUACUGCUGGUAGUGGUAUCUAUUAUGUGCUCUGUGCUCAUAAUAAUGUGUAAAAGAAAGAGGAGCGCAAAUACAGUGUAUGAAGUUCCUCAGGAAAUUUCACAGAAUAACCAAUAUGCAAAUCCUGCUGAAAUUACUGAAUCUCCUUCUCCAACAUCAACGUAUGCCCUGGUGCAGCUUCAUAGUCGUCCUGUGCAAAUCAAUGUCACCAGUACCUCCACAAACCCGCAGCCUGAAACAAUUUAUGCUCAAGUUGACAGAGUUGCCAAGUCCAACUCAAAACCUGCUGCAGCCAACAGAUGACAAAAAAUAAAAUCAAAAUGGAAAAUGUAUAUAACUGUGUUUUAACUGUGCCAAAAAUGAUCAUGAACUGCCACUGUGAACCAGCUUUUAAAUGUUUUUAUAGAUUUAAUUUUACUUCUAUUUACUGGUGGAACAGUAAAAUGUGGGAAAUUCUUCAAUCCUUCACAAACUUAAAGGUAAAGAUUUUAGAGCUAAGAGAUUUACAGUUAUUAUCAUGACGAAUAUCAGUAAAAAAUCUGGUCUAUUUUGUUAUCAUAUCAAAAUAUUGUUAACUCCAAAAUGCGCUGUCUUGAACUUUUAAUAUUUUAUUUUUCUGUUUGUGAAAUUCAAGUGUUGAAACAAGUGACACUUGUUUUUUUUGCACAUUUUUGUAUUCUAAACUUGUUGCUGCUAAA